AUGCCAGAUUCACUUUUUGCUCAGGUGUUUAAAGCUGUCUAUUUUCCAAGAAGCGGUAUUUGGGAUGCAAAACGAGGUUUUAGACCAAGUUAUGCAUGGACAAGCAUUAUGCGAGUUGGCGAUGGCAAAAGUAUUCACAUUUGGAAAGAUGAUUGGCUUCCGGGUGGAGCACCAUUAUUAUUUCGUGAUGAUUUAGUGGAAGAAUGGAGGAUUAGCAAAGUUUCUGGUUUAUUGCACUACCCUCAAGGAGGUUCGAAACAAGACCUUAUUGAAAUGGUGUUUGCUCCAGCUACUGCUCAACGUAUUCUUGUUGUCCCUGUGCUUAUUUUUCCAAUAGAGGAUUCUCUAUUUUGGCCUUCCAAUACACAUGGGAACUAUACCAGCAAAUCUGGUUAUCACUUUGUUCAAGUUGUGAACCAACAAGGCCAAUCCUCAUCCUCACGUGGCCCUAGUUUGCACCCAAAGUUGUGGAAAAAUUUCUGGAAAUCCAAGGCAUUGCCCCGCUGCAAAGACUUAUCUUGGAGAGCAAUCAAUGACAUUCUGCCUGUCUGUUACAGCCUGCGUGUUCGAGGGGUUAAGGUGGAUGUUUUGUGCCCAUUUUAUGGAAUGAAAGCAGAGACGGUGGACCACGUUUUGCUGCAUUGGGCUGCGGUCCAGCUACUUUGGUUUGCAUCGCCGCUAGCCUUGAGAGUAGAUGCUUUUGCUGCUUUCAAUGAUUUAGUGUGUGCGGUUCUUUCUACAACUGAGGAGGACGUGAUUGCAGCGUUUCAGACUUGGUUAUAUGCUCUAUGGGAGGCAAGGAAUGCAAGCAUCUUCAACGGCAGGCCGGUCUCCAUUGAAGCUUUGCUGCAGCGGUUUGGCAGAUUAUCCGAGGAGCCACCAGCAGUGACAGUAGGUCCUCCUCGUGUCCAAGCUCUUCUAGCUUAUACUUGGGUUCGUCCACGACAAGGCACCAUUAAGGUGAAUGUUGAUGCAUCAUUUCAUGAUGGGGGAGGGACAAGUUUUGGUAUGGUUACUCGUAAUUCAAGAGGGGAGGUGCUGGCUGCAGCGGCAUCCCAACCAACUUACGCUCUUUCGGCGGUGCUCGUAAAGGCUCAAGGUCUUAGGUGGUCCAUGAAGAUGGCGACAUAG